UUAUGGCGACGAUGUGGCGUACAUGUUUCGGCCUUUCCUUGAUAUUCUUAUAUGAGAUAUCAAAUGAUGUUUUCGCGAUCGGGAAUAUUAGGUUUACAAAGUAUCGGCUGUUUGAUGGCUACACCUGUUCUUCUAACCAGACUGUCUUUAACGCUAGAGACAUAGGAAACAGAAUUAUGUGUGUAUCAAUGUGUUCCGCGUCACCGGCAUGUCUUGGAGUUUUCUACCAUCAAAUGGAAAAGAGAUGUAUCGGCUGUGCAUUCUACAUGAACGUCAGCGCACCUGCACGUAAUGGUACUACUUUUUACAGACGCGAGAAGUACCGACUCAUUGAAGAACCAAUGAACUGGAAUGAAGCUAAGGAUCAUUGCACUGUACUCGGAGGACAACUUGCUACGAUUAAAUCUCUUCAUGAACAAAUGUUUGUGUCCGAACUCCUUAAUCAAGCUGACAUUGGAGCGCUUGUAUGGAUCGGAGCAUCAGAUACCACGGCGGAAAGUACAUUUGUCUGGAUAGAUGGAACUACCUUUUCUGCAUUUACCUAUUGGGAACCAGGCCAGCCAAACAACUACCUAAACCAAGACUGUGUCGAAUUAGGCAACAGGAAUGGAAAAUGGUUAUGGAUGGACAGUCGGUGUACAGACAAACGGUUUAGCUUAUGUGAAUUUAAUUGAUGUUCUGCGUGCGUGCGUGUUUCGAGGUGAAAGAGGGGACAGAAAUUUUGGGAAACCCUUUCUAUACAAGGUGCAGCAAAGUAACAAUGUUAACGUUUUGUUUCUUCAAUAUAACUCCUGCCUAUUCCAUAAAAAUUGAAAGGUGAACUUUGAUUUUGACUAUGUAAUUUUGUUCUGCAUCCAAUUAAUUACAUUUCAAUAGAAAAUUGCUUAGACAAUAGUAAAUAAACGUGCAUCAGUGGCAGCAGCCAUGGGGUUAAUCGAAUUUCAAAUUCUGGCGACCUUAUCUCUUUCACCAUUCAAACUAAUCGUUACAUACGAAGUUUCGAAGUUUUAAUUACUAAAUAUUAAAGGGAAAUGAUUGUAGCUGAGCAGUUUCGAAGAAGAUAGCAAUAUACUGAAUAUCUGCUGGGUACGAGUCCAAAUAUAUCUCGUAUUGUACAGUACAAUGUUAAAUAACCUUUUCAUUCUAUAUCUAUUUUAUUUUAGAAUCCUGAUUUCAAGACACAUAAUCAAACUCUGUACAUAGAGCGCCUACUUCACCCGAUUUACAUUCGGAACAUUUUUACGCGUUUCGGUUUAACAUGGGACUUUUGAAUCGUCCAAAUACGGAAAAAAUACAGGUUUUUUGUGCGUCCAAUACGGUAAUAUAUAGUAUGGUCACGUGUUGCAAAUAAACGUUCACGAUUCGAUAAAUAAAAUAUAGAAUAAAAGUCGAUUUCUAUGACUGAACGAUAUAUUUGACAAUAUCCUUCAGAACUACUAAAGGUACAUUUUUAAAAUCUUUUUCACAUUUAGAAUAUUAAUAUGUUUUUAAUAACAUAUUACAAUUUCAACAAAACCGAGUUAUUCUAUGGUAUCAUUUUAUUUAUUCUACUGUUUCGACCAAAAAUAUCUAGAAUUUAGAAACGAGCGACUUUCGUUAUAAAACAGGAAAAUCAUGACAAAAAAGAUAAGUUCUUUAUCCUGUCAUAUACACGUAAAGAGCGCAUGCGCAUUAAAGUCAAAACAUCCGGUAAAACAUCAUGGCAGCCAAUAGCGUUGUAAAUCCGUAUAUAAGACGGGAAAAUCAUGACAAAAACAAAAUAAAUCCUUUAUCAUGUCAUAUAUUGGAAACAUAUUUAAAUUUUGUUUGAUAUUUGACCAAAUAUCAAUGAAAAAUCAAUAUCUACAAUUAUGUAUCUUAUAAAUGAUAUUUGCGUGUUUUAUAAAAAAAAAAAAAAAAAAAAAAAACAUUACUUGUAUGUUAAUUUUUGUGACAUUUUAAUAAUUGGUAGAGCUCGUGAAAUAAAUGAAAUGAUGUCUUUGCACUCUUCGAUUUUGUUGAAACUUUAACAUUUUAUCGACAAGAUAUAUUUUUUAACGUGUAGAAAUUUGAUAUUUGUAAAUUAGAGUUAUAAAAGAUAUUGUCAAAAAAUAUCAAGGGUGAGUGUUGGGAUGGGGUUCAUAAGACGUUUUGAAUAGUAUAGUUAGAUGGCAAUAUGAGGAAUAAACAUGUCAUCUUAUUUUGUUUCGCAAUUGUUAUGACAACAUAAUUUUAGACACGCUUUGUUGAAACUUAUCUAUAUGAUACGGUUAUAUUUUAUGAUACUACAUGCACCUAGUGUUUUCAAAAUGAUUCUCAUCAAUAUGGGUAUACUAUACAUGUUUUUGAAAAAAAUAUUUUCAAUGUCUAAUAUUGCUUACGUAUUGCUUAGAUACCAAGAUAUUAUGUCUGUACAGUUUAGAUACUAGUACCUAGAAAUUGUAUCCUGGACAUUGGAGAUAUGCGUGUAUGGAUUUGUCCGGUCAGAUGGAACUAGUUUUUCUGAUACAUUUAGCUAUUGGGGCCCAGGCCAGUCAAAUAACUUUUAUAACCAAGACUGUGUCCAUUUAUUCAACGAGUAUGGAAAAUGGGAGUAAAAUGACGCGGCGUGUACAGACAAAGCCUUAGGCUUAUUUGAAUUUAAUUGAUAUCCUGUGUGUGUGCGUGCUUGCGAAUUACAAGAGGGGGCAACAAUUUUGGGAAACCCGUUCUAAACUUUGCAACAGAAACACAAGGUACCGCAAAAUAACAAUGAAAACGGUAUUUUCUUCAAUUUUACUGCAGCUGUUUCAUAAAAAUCGAAACGUUAACUUUAAUUUCGAUUAUGUAAAUUCUGCACCAAAUAAAAUCUUAAUCACAUUUCAAUAAAAAAAGGAAUUUAUGACAUUCGUUUAUCUAUGUGUAUAAUUGGCAGCAACCAUGGGUCUUAUCGACUUUCAAAAUCUGGCUACCUUAUCUCUUUCACCAAUAAUAAUUAUUUCUGUUUUGUUGCGAACAAAGUUGGAACUUAAAAAUAUUUAAGGAAAAUUAUUCUAGUUGAGUUGUUAGUAAAGGUUCUACAAUUUGAUUCUUAGAUGAAAAUAUUCUGGAUUAUGUUCAUAGCUUGAAAGGAUGUCAUAACUGUUAUUAUCAUAUGUACGUGUUUUUUUAUAGACGUGUUUUUAUCUUAUUAGCGUGAUUCCUAACGUGUAUUUUUAUCAUAUAGACGUGUUACUGAAUAUCUGAUAUCUUUGGAAUACAGACAAAACCUUGGUUCUUUACUGUAUCAUGUUACUACGUGAUUUAUACAGUAAUGAUUGGUUUUGCACAUAUUAGAGAACACAUAAAAGGAGAGUUUAUGUGUAUUAAUACUUCCCAGAACUCGCAAAGUACGUGGUUUCGUUCUCAUGCACGUUUGCAAACAAAAUACCUUACUUUUACAAUUUCGAAAAAUAUCACGACAAUCUAAAAGUAUACCCUUUUCUUAUUGCCUUUCUGGCUGACAUGAAGAUUUAUCAGCAUCGACCAAGGACACCAGUCUCAGCAUGAUAUCAGUUUUUUCUCAAGUCGAUAAAUUCUCAUAUUGACUGCACAUACAAGGCAAAAACUGUUAUUAUAUUUUAAAAUGCAAGAACUAUAAGGCUAUUUGCGAAAACAGUUAUUGAAUUCACCAAGUCGCAGGUUACUUAUGAUAAAUACAUCAAUUAUCAACGUCAAUCUUUAAUCGUCGUGUUAAUGAAUUUGUUACUGAUGUAACGGUAACGUCAUAGUGAUAACUCCGCUUGAGGAUUUUCCACAAGUCGAUACGCCCAUGAGUCAAUACCACGUUUUAUUUAAUUCAUGUGAGUGUCUUUGAGCCGGUGGCAUAACUACUGUAACACUGUAACACAAUGAUAUAGUAUGUAGGUCAGGCAAGUCAUCAAGGAAGUAUAACGUUAUUAGAAAGGUUCUAUGAUUUGAUUUUUACAUUAAAGUAUUCUGGAUUAUGUACAUAGCUUGAAAAGAUGUCAUAACUGAAAUUGUCAUAUGUAUGUGUUUCUUUUUAUUGACGUGUUUCAUCUUGUUAGUGUGAUAUCUAUUAUAUACGUGUUUUUUUAUCAUAUAGACGUGUUACAUUUUUAUAGAUAUGUUUUUAUCUUAUAGAGGUGUUUAUCUUUAUAGACGUGUGUUUUCAUCUUUAGAAGUGUUUUUAUUAGUCCCCUUCGGGAACUAUAGAAUUGCGCUUUUCCGUCCGUCCGUCCGCAAUUUCGUGUCCGGUCCAUAACUCUGCCAUCCAUGAAGGGAUGAGCACAAAUGUACCUUAUUAUAAGACGAUGUGCCAUGCACAACUUUCAGACCCCUGGCUUAAAGAUCAAGGCCACACUAAGAGAUCAAAUGUUAAUAAGGUAUUUUUCCUGUCCGGUCCAUAACUUUAUCUAAAUA